AGAAAAGGGGAGAGAGAGACUUGCUCUUCCAGGAAGGGAUUAUUAACCAGCACGCUGCCGACAUAGGAAGGGAAAACACACGCAGACAAAAGAAGUUUGCACACCGACAGCCGCGCUAUGGAGCCGACCAGCAGAUAAAAGGAAGAAGAAAAAAGAAAAAAAAGAAAAGGAAAAAGCAGGCUAUAUGAAAAAAGCAACUUCUCCCACAACAACAAGCCGAGCAGUCGGACUGCCGCUUCUGCUGUGUGGGUUUCUAUAGGAAAGAGAAGGAGAUAAAGAAGAGGACACAACGGAAAAGUGGAAGGAGAAGGAGAGAAGUUGACGGAAGAUAAUGUCUGAAUCCUCCUCCGCUGCGAACAAGCAGGAGAGGAGCUCUUUCAGUCCUUCCGCGAACCCGCUGCCAAACUCCACUUCCUCCCCCGUCCAUGCUCCCGCCGCGAGGCCAGCCAGCCGAAUGGAGGACGAGCCUGCCAGGCUGCCUGCGCACCUGCGUCUGCAGCCAGUCUUUUGGAGCAGGGAGGACGUGGCCCAGUGGCUGCGAUGGGCCGAGAAGGAGUUCGCCCUGCGGCCGAUCACCAGCGGAUCUUUCCAAAUGAACGGCAAAGCCCUGCUGCUGCUCACCAAGGAGGACUUCCGCUACCGGUCCCCCCACUCCGGGGACGUCCUGUACGAGCUGCUGCAGCACAUCCUGAAGCAGAGGAAGCCCCACGUGUUUUACCCGUCUGCCUACUUCCCUGGGAACUCCUUCCACUCGCUGCCUGAAAGCGCUGUGCAGCACCUGAAGCUUGAAGAAACGGUACGGCGGGCACCGCGUGGUACAGAGCCUGCCCCCCAGCAUCCACCAACCAUCGAGCUGCGGCACCGCUCACGCUCCCCCCACCAGAACCAGAUCAGACGAUCCCCCCCGGGGCCGAACCACCCCCGCGCAGCCAACGAAGACCACCUGCAGACCUUCUCCCAGCUGCCCGACAGCAACCACCACCUGCCCGAAGAAAUGUACCCUCUGUCCGUGUCCCCCGCCGCACCCAACGGCCGCUGCGCCACGCCCCGAGAAGCUCCGUGCCCGGGCAGCCCCGGGGGCCAGGAGGCGGGCCCUCCUCGCGUCAUCCAGCUCAUGCCCAGCACCAUCAUGAACCCCCUGCUCCUCAGCCCGAGCCGGAGCGGCGAGGGUGCCGCCAUGGACUUCAGGCACAGCCGCGGUGGGCCCCCGUCUCAAGCCACGCUCGAGAACGGCCGUGAGAGGAAAGCCCACGGCCACCACCAUCAGCUACCACUGUCCCAGCAACAGCAGCAUCUGCUGCAGCAGCAGCAGCAGCAAGAGGAGGCACUCUACAGGAACCACGUCAUCAUGCCCGUGUCUCCUCCAGAAGAGCAACAAAUGCCCAUCGGACGGAUAGCAGACUGCAGGCUGCUGUGGGACUACGUCUACCAGCUCCUGUCAGACAGCAGGUACGAGAACUACAUCCGCUGGGAGGAUACCGAGACCAAAAUCUUCCGCAUCAUGGACCCCAACGGCCUGGCCAGGCUCUGGGGCAAUCACAAGAACAGGACCAACAUGACGUACGAGAAGAUGUCGCGAGCACUGAGACACUACUAUAAACUGAACAUUAUCAGGAAGGAGCCGGGCCAAAGACUUCUAUUCAGGUUCAUGAAAACUCCCGAUGAGAUAAUGAAUGGACAGACGGACCGGCUGGAGCACCUGGAGUCCGACACAGACGAACAAAUCUACAUCAAAGAGGAAUGCUGAGGAACUCUCGUGUUUCUCUGAAGGAUGUCCGUGACGUUUGGUGAAGUACACCAGAUAUCCACACGAUGGCAAUACUGGACCAUUUGUGAUGAGAGGGGGAGCAGCGGUGGAUGCUGUCCACAGUUCAUCAAACAUGCCUGUCAUUUAAAGGGUCAUGUAGAGGAUUAAAUGUGGCUGCAGUUUAUUAUUAUACUGUUAGAACUUUUGAAAAAAAAAUUGAAGAAAUUAUAUUUUGGUCUGUUCUGAAUGUCUUGCUUUUGGUGGAAUUGAUGUCUCAGAAGGAAAUAAUCACUGUUAAGCUCAAUUAUUAAUCAAAUGUGACGUAUUACUUAUUUAUUGCCAUUUCAAGGUAAUAAUUCACUAAUUGCGCCCUAGCACAUAUUUUUUUGGCGUAACACUUCCUAAAUGAGUGACUGUCUUUAGCCUCUGACAAGAUCUGAAUAAUUCUGUUUUGUGAAUCAUUCUAUUCUACAAAAUGUCCAAAUGAGCCUUGAAAUAUAAUGACCAUGUAGUUCCUUAGUGUGAGACUAUCUAACAACAAUUAGUUUGUACUUUUCCAUAUUUAAAUUAGCCUACAAUAUGAUCAAGAUGAUGAUCACAUUGAGGUUCAUUUGGAGGUGUGGUACCAGAAGCAUCACAUGCUUCUUUCUGCAUCACUCAUUGCGUCGUUCAAAUUAACAGGCCACUAAACACAGGCCACAAUCUAAAUCUGUAAUAUAGCUUCUGUAAUACUAUAGUAAUCUGAAUACUGUAACGCGUUACCGGCGGAGGUAGCGGCGGUGCGCUGCGCUGCGCGCUGCGCUGUGCGCUCUGGAGUCUCCAUAAAAGUUGGUGCGCGCAGAGGCGAGCUGUCAGACUGGGGAGAGACGCGGCGGAGCAGAGGCUGCAGACUCAAGUGAUGGAUCAGGAUCGAUCCCACUUUGAGAAAUUCAUAGAAUAAUUUUGAGUGUGCGCUGUAAUCCACUGGGGGGGGACGCAGUUAAAGCUUAUCAUUGUGAACAGGCUGCUGCUUGUUUCUGGACUCUAACGGAAUAAACAGACAGGGGGAGGGUUUGGAUGCAGGAGAAUCUCGGCUGUGCGGCGGAUAAGAUGCUCACGCUGCCACGUUUAGAAGACCAAUAAUCGUGUCUGAUUCUGACAAAGCAGUUUGAUUUCAUUCGGG